AAACAACCCAGCCAGCUUGUGUUCAUGUCUGAACUUGUCUUUGGUUAUAUAACACCGUGAUUUAUUUCUUUCCUCAGUCAAAAUGCUCACUUUCUCAGACAGGAAGUGUCAGCAAAGCUAAACUAGCACUGACUGUGCUUCCGAGUUUCACUUCCACACCUGAAUAGCAUAUGCUGUUUUUUUUCUUUCUCUUGGUUAAACCAGUCAGGGUUUAUUAAGCCUUUCUGGAGCCAUGAACAGAAAAAGGUCGCUCAUUUCAGAAACGUUCCGUGUAAAGAGAAAGAGAUUUGGAGCUGACAAUCUCAUCGGAAAUCCUGAACACGAAGACGUCCGAGAAGGACCUUGUGAUGUCAAAGCCACUUUGCAGUACUUGAUGACGCUUUUCCCAAGGAAGUUGUUUGACGACAGCCUUCCACCGAUUGUCUACAAACACCAGCUGUACAGUUUACUCAGCGACAAAACGCUUGUGGACAAGCAGCUGAACGAGUUGCGGGACAAAGGAGAACUGCUCAUGUUCCAGCUGGGCUUUGACACCGACACCUUCGCCUUGGUGUUUACUGAAGAUUACAGGACCAAAGUUCUGGCAGAACAGAUCGGAAAAGACACUCGCGCAACAGUCGAGAAGUUUCUAGAUAAAGUGCUGCCUAGUGGCUCAGGACUAAGCUUCAGCAAAUGUCAAAUGCUCAAGGAGUUUCUUUUCACUGAUUCAGAGAUAACGCAGCUCGUGAAGUCAGGAGUGUUGACCGUCAGAGAUGCAGGAAGCUGGUGGCUUUCAAUUCCGAACUCCGGCCGAUUCACCAAAUACUUCAUUCAAGGACGCAAAGCGGUACUCGGCAUGGUCAAGAAAUCAAAAUACAACGAAAUCCUAAAGGCUGAUUUAGAAUUACGUCGUAACAAAUCGCAAGUCAAACUCGAUAUCAAGUACCACAUCCACGACAUAAUCGGCGCAGAACUGGUCGAACGAAUAAAGACCACAUCGGGGACCUUAUUAAGAUACGUGGACACUUGAGCUUCAGCUCACCAUGAGUGAAUGAACUGAGAAGCUUGUGAUAUUUCUUUUCAGGCUGUUGCACAUAAAGUAUUUCAGUGAGUUGUAAGCAACAUGGAUAAAGUGCAAUCAACAGGUUUGUAAAUAUGUGUAAGUUUGCAGUAAAUUCACCAAAAUAUAACAUUUGCUUCUUAUGAGAAGUAUUAUUUUUUUUUGUUGCCUGUUGUGAAACAGCUGGUUUCCAAAAUAUUGUCUAACCUUUUGAAAUAAGACUGUAUAUUCUCUGCCAUCAAAUAAAUUUACAAAAUAACUGUCA